GAGUUGCAGUCGGACGGCAACGAAAGAGAGGAAGAAUCAAAGCCUACGAAGAAGGUCGAAGAGGUGUUCACAGUGAAAGCUCCUCCGACACAUCCCUUCUAUGAGACCAAAAGUGCUGCGGAGAACGUGCUUGAGGGGCCGAAGACUGAGAAC